ACAGUAAGAGAGAGAGAGAGAGAGAAAGAGAGAGAGAAAGAGCUAAACGACUGAUUGGAGGUUCAUCCAAGCGCUCAGGACGCACAGACGGAUCCGCGCUCAAAGGGACUCCAAAAAAAAAAAAAGCAGAAAAGCCAAAACUGCCCCUUCAGUUUCUGCAAGUGGAUUUUAUUUGUGCCUCGAAAGAGUUUGGUUGUUUUUUUGUGUGACCGUUUGCAGAGCUCGGAUUUUGAGGAAAAAAACAUUUUUGCUUAACUUGUGAAGACAUGCAUCGGUGCACAGCGGUGCUCCUUCUGUUAGUGGUGGCCUUAUACGUCCUGAGCGCAGAAGCCUACAAGUGUAGGUGCACCAGAAAAGGACCAAAGAUCAGAUACAAGGAUGUACAGAAGCUGGAGAUCAAACCCAAACACCCGUACUGCCAAGAGAAGAUGAUAUUCGUGACGAUGGAGAACGUGGCUCGGUUCAAAGGGCAGGAGUAUUGUCUUCAUCCCAAACUUCAGAGCACCAAGAACUUGGUCAAAUGGUUCCGCAUCUGGAAAGACAAGCACAGGGUGUACGAAGCCUAAAAACCUCGGCUGACCAGCACACGUGGAUCGAGUGAGACAAACGAAAAGAGAAAAAAAAAAAGACGCCAGUAUCACCAGGACUGUUUUUUGCGAAGUACAAGAUGUAACCUGCAAUCAAACAGUACUUCUCCCUCUUCUGCCUGAGAUCUGUCGAGCACAUUAAGAGAUAUCUUUAGUUCGUAUAUAAGCUGGUGAGCUCGUUUUAGUCGGCCAUCGGUCUAGUUACAGUUCACUCACCAAUCCAGUCUUUACAACUGUAGUUAUACUUGUCGAAUAGUGGACAAGACACCACCAUCUGUGUUCAAACAGUUGUAGGUUUGUUCAGUUAUUACUUAAAGGGACUUCUCUUCUGCUUUGGCUUUUAGGCUUCUUUCAAAGUGAAGAAUGUGUAAGAAUGUGUCAUUUUGAAGAAAAAGGGGCAGACUUCCUUUGAAAACAGCGUGGGUGUUUCAACUGUUAAAGUUUUCUCUACUCUGUAUUCAAUCUGAUAGAUAUAUUAGUAGAAUGCAGUUUUUUUUUUUUUAAGUGGUUGUAGUUGAAAAAUGCAGUGAUGAAUAAAGGCGCUCAGAGGAUCAGAUUCUCUGGAUUUGUAGAGGAGAGGUGUGCGGUUACAUGUAAUACAGAAGUUUCUAUUGUUCAGUCAGAUAGAGGAGAUCUACCACUGUGUGUGCGUGUGUGUGUGUGUGCGUGUGUGUGUGUGUGUGUUUACCCUGUCCACGCAAGUCACAUGUGUCAAACAAACACAUUAGUCUGCUGCAACACCCUUUUUGUAAAAUUUUAUUGAAUUAACUGACAGGGUGUGUAGCUUCAAUAGAUAUUAAAGCAUAUACAAAUAGUUAAUUUGUGCCAUUCCUACAUACGCUACAGUCUGUGGAUCGCAGAUCAUUAAAAAUGAUGAUUAAACACACCACGAAAGUCAGACUGUCUGCAGUUUACAUCAACAAAUGAGUUUCUGUUAUAUAUUUUCACUAGCUGAAAGAUAUUUUAGCUCCACCUCUUGAAAUAAAUGUGUAAUGAAGCGAUAUCUCAUGCAAACUGCCAACAUAACUACAGAUGAUAGCCUCCUCAGAGAUGAAGUGAUAUUUUGCCUUUUUGUUAGUGUUCAACAAAUUCCCAUGAAAAUAUCAAAUCAACAAUGUGUCUCUCAGUUCAUGUCUAAACCUGCCUAACCUGUCUAAGAUGUAAAUAUUUAAAUACAGGUCACGACUAAAUAACUUCCUAAAACAACUGGGCAUUGUAGUUUUUAGCAAACGUCACUCAAACAAGACGACAUCUUGUGUUUGUUUGGGACUACUUUUAGCUGCGGAUUAAUACACAUUUGGAGUUCUGGAGUAUUUACCAAAUAAACUACAGUUUAUGGUGAUGAAGAACUACAUCAACCGGUGCAACGGCGUGGCUCAUUGGUGUGUUUGGAGCUCUACAGUGUGGAGGAAUAAGAUAUAUGAGAUCAUGGGAUUUGUUGACAAUGAGAAGAAUACAGAUUAUUAGGAAAUCGAGCAUGUUGUUACGUCUUUUAGCAUUAAAAAGGAGACAGUUCGGCUGAAAACUCCAUCAUUCUGAAUCACACUUUCUGUCUACAUACUCAUUAAUCACAUGACAGCAUAUAUUUAGAUAUAUGGCAGGCAUUUAACUCGUCCUGCUCAUGAUUUCACCAUCUCCUGCAGCCCUGCCCGGGUAUUCUUAUCCUAUCUUAUCUCUCCUGAACAAUACUGUCAGACGUGUUUUGUAUGCCGUGGAUACACUUUGUAACAAUGACUGCUGGGUGUUGUUUUGUUGCCACCAAACAGAAUUCACUCACCACUACAUCUGCAUAUAUAUAUAAAUAUAUAUACAAAAGCACCACAUUUUCUUUACCUUUUGAAGAAUGUGCAUUACUCUUGUUUUAUAUCUUAUAUAUAAAUAUAUAUAAAGAAGCAUUUUGUAAAUGGACCACUAUAGCCUAUAUGUUAGUGAGGAUGAAUUCACCUAGAGAGUUUAUAGUGUCAUGUAUAUUGUAUUACUGCAUUAUAGUUGUUGUUUUUUUUGCUAUUUAAAUCUUGGUUUGGUAACAGAUAUUUGGGAGGGUGAGUGUUUGGACCAGCCCACCAAACACAGUUAAACAUUCCACUGAGUGUAAAACAAUAAAAGCAGCAAUAAAGUGUCUAUAGAGCA